AUGACAGUACCCUCUGGCCCUGCAUCAGCUGGUUCGACUCAAUCUUCACAAACAGCUGGGCUCUUGACCUCUCCAACUCAGAUGGCUCAACACCAACUUGCUUAUCAGCACAUCCAUCAGCAGCAGCAACAGCAAUUGCAACAGCAACUCCAGAAUUUUUGGGCAAACCAAUAUGAAGAAAUUGAUCAGGUAACAGAUUUUAAGAACCAUAGCCUGCCAUUGGCUAGGAUCAAGAAGAUAAUGAAGGCAGAUGAAGAUGUUAGAAUGAUAUCAGCUGAAGCACCGGUUAUCUUUGCCCGAGCCUGUGAAAUGUUCAUUCUGGAGUUGACGUUGCGUGCAUGGAACCAUACAGAGGAGAACAAAAGGAGGACACUCCAGAAAAAUGACAUUGCAGCAGCCAUUACAAGGACGGACAUAUUUGAUUUCUUGGUUGAUAUUGUACCAAGAGAGGAUCUGAAAGAUGAGGUGCUUGCUUCAAUCCCCAGAGAGAGCCUUCCUGUUGGGGGUCCUGCUGAAGGACUUCCUUACUAUUACAUGCCACAACAACCUGCUCCACCACUUGCAGCUCCAGGGAUGUUUGUGGGGAAGCCUGUGGAUCCUGCCCUAUAUGCAACCACCACCACCUCCAGAUUCUUAAGCAGAAGUAAUUGCUGGAAAGGUCUCUCUGGAUUUAGAAAUGCUAGGGAGAGUACUUUCAAGUGA